UGUUGUUGCACGAAUUUCAAAUUUAGGGAGACGGGAGACAUUUGUAUGUUUUUGACAUCUCUUUUGACUAUUUUCGAUAACUUUAGAGGAAAAUUUAGUGUUAGAUAUGUCAAAGAAAAGAACAAGAGGGGACGAUGGAUGUAUGGACGUGAAUCAAGCCGAAGAAGAGAGGUAUUUCCUGAACCCCGAGUCUGUGAGUGAACACCUGUACUGCUCCAUCUGCCAAGAUGUCUUCAAGGAACCACAGCGGGCACCCUGCGGACACAGCUACUGUAAACAGUGUAUCAUGGCCUGGUUACGCACAAGCAAGACUUGCCCUGAAGACAGGAGACCUGUUCGAGAAAAAGAUCUUCACUACGACUUCAUUCUUGCCAACAUUAUUGGAGACCACAUGGUGGCCUGCCCAUUCAGAAAGCUGGGCUGUGAGUUUGUAGGGAAGUUGGAGUUGCUGACAUCACACAGGAAGUCCUGCUGUUUCAACCCUGCCAACCUGCCAGAGUUCCUACUGGAGGAACCACAACCUUCUACAUCAGGCAAGGCUGCUGCAGCAGCUACAGCCUCAUCAUUAGACACCAGCAGCAGCUUCUGUACCAGUGAUGACGAGAACAAACUCCCAUCUCCUCCCAAACCAUCCCUCAAGAUGAGACUGUUUAAGAACGGGGCAAGUCAGAGGGACCUGCUCAAGAACAUGUUCGACAAGGAAAACAGACCAAAGUAGUCAGAGAAUUGUGUAAUACCUGACU